AUGUCACUCAACAAUCUAUUUAAUGCUCUUGUCAAUUCCGGACGGCACUCGGGGCGCUCCUGUCCAUCGAAGAAAGCGCUACAUAAACCCUACCGCCAGCUAGCUACCGUCCACCCAGGAUCAUACAUCUCCGACUCGGCCAUUUGCCACGAUCAUGCGCCCCCAGAUUUGGUCAUGUCACUCAACAAUCUUUCUAAUCUCGAGAGGCACUCUGAGGCCAUCCCAAUAUGA